GAAAUAGUGAGAAUGAGAAAGAGUAGAGCUAAUAGGAUCAAUAGAGAUAGUUUUAAAAGGGUGCAAAAUAGUGCACGUUUAAAAGCAAGGAGACAUAUAUGUAUAUGUUCCUAUAUGCAUUUGUUGAUAAUCAAGAAAGGAGGAAAUUGUUUUAAUUAAGGCUAGGCAAUUUCAUGACCCUUUCCUCUGCAGGGUAGUAGUAUUGAAGACAAAAGAAUUAUUAUCAUUUUAAUCCACUUUUUGUCUUGAUCCACUAUAAGACCACCUUCUAUUUUAAGACUAUACUAUAUGACAAAAACAAAACAAACAGAUGGUGAAAAAGGCAUAGUAAACACAGAAUUCAUGUGAUCAAAGAGGAGGAAAUUAUGGGUGGGGAACAGCUAAGGUUGAACUUGUUUCUUAUAUCAUCUUUUUUAUGAGAAAUGAUUCAAUUCCUCAGUACUCCUUUGUUCUAUAUGCUUUAAAGCUCUAGCUCUAAGGACUUGCUGUUAAAGAAAGUGCAAUUGCUGUUGUGAUGAUGGAAAAGGCCUUAUUGAAUAUAGAUAAAAGAGCAAUUUUUUACCAGAUUUUUCGUCCCACAAUCACUAGUCAACUGAGAAUUCCAGCCUGGUUUCUUAAGCAUAUUUCAGAAGAAUCACCUGAUAAAGCAACUCUGAAGUGUCUUCCGGGUGGCACUUGGAAUGUGAAACUAGAGUGUGAUGAAGAUGGUUUGCUUAUACACAAAGGUUGGAAGAAAUUUCAGAAAUAUAACCAACUACAAUAUGGGGAAUUUCUCUUGUUUAAGUACGACAGCGAUCUGCAAUUUACAGUAAGAAUUUUCAGCAAGAAUGGACUGGAGAGAGAAGUGAAGUCAACAACUAUGAGCAAAAAUAAAAAAGCUACAAUAUCUGACGGGGGCAAAAAGCGAAAAAAGCCAGGAAAAUAUCCUUACAGUUCCAAAUUCCCUAAACAAACUCAUGCUAACGGUGAAAAUGGCACAGAACAUCAAACUCCAAGAAGAAGCGCUGCACUUGAGAAAGUAGAGGACCUUCUCACUCCAAGUAUUCCUCAAUUUGUUAAAUGUCUGAAAGGCUACAAUGUGAACAAGUCUUGUUUCUUGUAUGUUCCAAAGUCCUUCUAUGAACAACUUUCAAAAUCAGACAAUACGACAACAGUCGUCCUCCGUAUUUUGGAAGGAAAAGAGUGGAAAGUGAAUUGUGUGUCACAAAAAGGCUAUCGCGCUUUCUGUGGAGGAUGGAAACAGUUUGUGAGUGAUAACAAGCUUAAGCAAGGAUAUGUCUGUGUUUUUCAGCUUGUCAAUACAAAUGAACUGAAGGUCUCCGUUUUCGACGAUCCGCCUGAAUCUCUGUUGAAACUUGCUGCAUAAAGAUAAUGCAAGAAUGACCAAUUAAUGUUGAUUUUGGCUAUGAAAAAUGAUGCUCAGAAUGUCUUGAUCAAAACUUUUCCAGAGAGAGGAUUCACCUAGAGUUCUCUGGUGCAAAUACCAAUUAAUGUAUUAAAACUGUCUUAUAGCCAGUGGUGGAUGUAGCAUAUAGUCAAUGGUUUCAUCUCAAUCUGACAUUUUCGAUAUGAGUAUAGAUAUAUGAAAAAAUCACUAUGAUCUCUAGAAAUAUUAGAUUAUGAACCCAAAAUUCAAAUAUGUAAUGGGUGCAAUCGAGGGAACCUAAACGUAUCAAAUUUAACUCAUGUUUGACAAGCGAUAUAGCCAACCGAACUAACUUCGAAUUGAGGCUUAGUUGAUUGAUUGAAUAACAAUACUAUGUUAGUCAGGGGCGGAGCUAGAGUGUAGGAAGCGGGUUGAUCUAUCACUGGAAGAUACUCAAAUUGUAAAUUCUCAUAGGGAAUGGUGCCAAAAGUAGUCGGCCUAACCUUCAUUUCGUGUAACCAAGUUUUUUCUUUCUCCCUUCCUGAUAGAGUGUAACAGCCCAACCCACUAGCGAUGUUGUCUGCUU